GUACUGUAACACCAAUGCAUGUUCCACUGGCUAUAUCAUCAAGGAGGAUGCCGGGGAUCUCCAUUGCCAGCUUUCGACAUGCACCCCGGCGUUGGACAACACCAUGUGCUGCACAAAGGCGGACGUCGGCACAAAGUUCCAGUUGACUUUCAAAGUCGGUGAGGAUGGUAACUGUGGAACAGACUCAGACAUCUACGCGUGGCUGACGUAUAGCGGCGGUCGGGGUGUGUCACAGUAUCUCAGCACAUCAAAGAACGACUUCCAGGCGGGUAAGGAAGAGUCCUUUGUCUACACCUUCGAAGCGCCGCAGCAUCCGUUGGACAUCUGUGUCUACAAUUCAGGGGAU